AUGGCCAUCGGUUGGCCGGCGUCGGAUGGGUGCACCUUGCGGCCUUUCCUGUUAAGACGUUCGAAGACCGGCGACCCGACGUCGGGUGCCCCUAACACCAUAGGAAUGGCCGAUGUCGGUGGGCCCCAUACUCAUCGGGCAGUCGAGGUCGGCCGGCCUCCCGCUCCGCCUCUUCAACCUCAGGGCGAAUUCAUUCGGUACCCAACAUCGGAUAUCUCCAUGAGCAUCGGGUGGCCGCGGUCGGGCUGCACGAUAUGCAUCGGACACGCCGAUGUCGGGCAGCCACACCAUCCGCCUUUCCAAUGUCGGCUGUCCCCUCCUGCGUCGGAUGGGUCGGCUGGCAGGGGGUCCCUCGGUUGGGUAAUGUCGGCGGUCUGCAUGACCAUAGGCCAGCCGAGACCGCAGGCCCCUGGGCUCACGCAGGGGCUCUCCGCUGCUCCCGCGAGCCUCCGUCCGUACCUGCUGACUCCGAAGCGCCCGCCCGACGCGUACUCCCUCCCGUCUGCCUUUCGAUUUAGCGUUCUCAUUGGCCAGCUCCUUGCGCAACACGCCGUCCAGUGGUCGCUUAACGCGCCUUACAUAUACUCGCCCGUCCUCCGCACCUCCAUCUCUUCCCCCACCCUUGAAGCCAUCAUGUCUUCCCCGCCCUCACGUUUCAAUCGCUCCGACUCCCCAGCUGGCUUGAGUGACCCCGGUCGCGGCACUGCGCGCGGUCCAGCGGCUUUCCUCGCGGCCCCGACGGCCUUUGCUGCGCUUCCCCCGCCUUCAGAUCCCGUCGCGGGGGAUGGUUUUGCGGCCACCGCCUUUGGCGGCAACGCUGGUUCAGCAAUUGCUGCGGAGCCUGGUUUGCCGGCGCGCGACGCGCCUGAGCAAGGUCCUGCGACUGGGCCUGUUGCAGCGAGCCCGAUGGGCCUCGCAGGCGGCGCUCCUCGCGAGAUCUGGGAUGCGUCGCCUCCUCCGGUUCCCCCGCCCCUGUACGGGGCACAAGACUUCCACCAGCAGUGGACCUGGCCGGCAUACCUGCGUCCGGACUACAACCGACCCUGGACCCGUGCCACGGUGUCGUUACGUGACCUCCUCCGCACCAUGAUAGAGCUGGUCCGCGACAUGCAGCCGCACUACCACGGCGACUCGCGCGGGGUGCCCGACCCGACGAACUCAAUACGAAGGCAUGCAACAGAUGCAAUCCGCGUGGGCCCCAUGGUCCACGUGUACAAAAUUCUCUGGCGGGAGAGGGGCCCUCCGCUCGUGUGGUCGAUGGUCGUCGUGGCGGCGCACCCGGAGCAGGAGGUGGUGCUUUAUCGAAUCGUGCACCACCUAUGGUCAACAAGCGGCAUGACGCACGCACCGGGAGCGUACGCGCCACCAGCGUGA